AUGUCCGCCCUCCUGCGCCUCAUCGAGUUCACCAUCGAUGGCGGCGAGAGCAAGCGGCUCGUGCCGCUCAAGCUCUUCUUCGCCAUCCACUACUGCGCCUUCUCCACGCAGACCUACCUGCCUAUCUACUUCGACAACACGGAGCACUUCGACAAGAUGCAGAUCGGUAUCCUGCUGACGCUGCCGUGCGUGUGCGCCAUCAUCGCGCCGCCCAUCUGGGGCGGCGUCGCCGACGUGAUCAAGAACCAGAAGCUGGUUCACAUCUUCUGCCUGGUCUCGGCCGCUCUCUUCAUGUUCUCGCUGCGCUUCGUGUCCACCUUCAACGUCAUGUGCAUCAUGCUCUUCGUGGCCAACUUCCAGACGCAGCCCACGUGGUCGCUGCUAGACCAGACGGCCAUGACCAUGCUCGUCCACAUCGGUGGUGUCUAUGGCAAGCAGCGGCUCUACGGCGCCGUGGGCUACGGUAUCGGUGGCUACUUCGCCGGUGUCAUGGCCGCUGCCAUUGGCAUUGCCUGGUGCUUCAACAUGGUGCUGGGUCUCUCGGUCAUCUCGCUCUUCAUCCUGCUUCGCUUCAUCCCCGCAUACCAGCCUGACGAGGAAGGAGCGAAGACGGACUACCUCCAGUCACUCGCCAUCAUCUGGGACCAACCGGACGUGCUUGUGCUCUACAUCGUCGUGCUCCUGGGCGGUAUCCUAGGGGGCCUUAUUGAUAACUUUUUAUUUUUGUACUACUUCAACCUGUCUGGGAACGACGCGAGACUGGUGGGUGUCAUCAUCGCCACCGAGACCAUCUCGGAGCUGCCGCUCUUCUUCUUCUCCAACAAGAUCUUCGAGCGCUUCGGCACGCCCAACUGCAUCAUCUUCAGCGUCGUGGCUUACGGCGUCCGUAUGAUCGUCUACACGUACGCGCACAACCCGUGGGUGUGGCUCCCGUUCGAGGCGCUGCACGGCAUGACGUUCGGGCUGCUGUGGGCUGCGUUCACCAACUACAUCUUCCAGUCGUCGCCCGAGGGCACCGAAGGAACGAUGAUCGGCCUACUGACCGCUGUGCAGAAGGGCAUGGGCGCGGCCUGCUCCACCCUGAUGGGCGGCUACGUGUACGAGCACUUCGGCCCGCGUGUCAUGUGGGGCAUCGGUGCGUUCGUGGUCUUCCCGCUGGCGAUCCUGUUCUCGCUCAUCUUCUCGUGCCUCGCUCGUGAGUACCCGGAGAAGAGCGCCGCGACCCGCGAGAAGUGGGGCAGCUCGUCCAGUUUGUGCUCGAUCGACAUCAACGACCGCAUUUCCAAGAAGAACGGCUACACGGAGAUCGACGGCGUGCCGGACUUGUAA